AUGAAGUCACUCGCCGCUUUCGCCAUACUGGCUGGCGCUGUCGUCGCCUACCCAGGAGAAGUUCUACGCAAGCGUGCUCUGACCGAACGAGAUGGCUGUCCUCGCGACCUCGAACCCGGCCAAUUCGAAUUCCCUCACUACAUCACUCAGAUCUCCCAAUCUCAGCCCGACAAAGCUUUCGGACCUCAAUACAAUGGCGUCUUCACACCCAAUGACAUCGCCUCCAUCUUUAGCUUUGAUAUCCCCGCCUCACGCGCCGACGCCAACUGUACUCUCGAAUUCAUCUUCCCCUUGAAAUCACAGCUGAAGACUUCUAACUUCGAAUACGAGGGCAGCGGCUCUUUCUUCUUCACCGGCUAUAACCCAGGCAGCUGUCCUGGACCUGAGACCACCUGGAACAACCAGCCUGCUCCGGGCCCAUUCCCGCCUUUCCCGCCCAUCCAUAUGGAGCCAGGUAAUGCUUAUACCAUCGACGUCGGCCCAUGCUUUGUCGGUGCCGGUACUUGCGUUGCUGGCAUGACCACUACCAACGAUACCAACUUCUGGUUCUUCCAAGACCAGGACGAGUGCCCUAUUGGCAUCUACACCGCCUACGAGUAUGGCCUGCCUCCUCCCAGCAAAUAA